AUGGCAAGCAAGAAUCCCACCGUGGCCGUCUCGGCGCCCGGCAAGGUCCUCCUCGCAGGAGGCUACCUCGUGCUCGACAGGAGGCACACGGGUCUCGUGUUUGGCCUCAGCGCCAGGAUCAACGUCGUCGCGGGGGAGAUUCACACGAGCCAAGGCGUCCAGCUGAACGAGAUCAUGGUGGACAGCCCGCAGUUUCUGGAUGCGCAGUGGCGAUACGGGUACCACUUGGCGCCCGAGGGGGGAGGCAUCCAGGUCACGCAGUUGCAAGUGCCGGCUCGGCUCAUCAUCCUAGCUGACAACGACUACUAUUCUCAGUCUACGCCGAGGAGCGGCGAGCCGGGACGCUUCGCCAGGUUCACGGUGCCGCUGGGCGGAGCCAACAAGACGGGGUUGGGAUCGUCCGCCGCGCUGGUGACGGCUCUUACGGCGGCGCUGCUGAGCCACUACCUCCCGUGGAGGCUGCUGGACAUCACGUCGGCGCCGGGCAAGCGCCGGCUGCACAAUCUCGCCCAGGCGGCCCACUGCGCGGCCCAGGGCAAGGUCGGGUCGGGGUUUGACGUUGCGGCCGCCGUGUACGGGUCGUGUCUGUACAGGAGGUUCUCGCCCGGUGUGCUGGGCCAGCUGCCCGAGGCGGGGUCGCCCGGCUUCGCUGAGAAGCUCGUGUCGGUGGUGGACGGCGUGGCUUGGGACGUGGAGGUGCUGACGGACGGGCUGCGCGUGCCCGAGGGCGUGGCACUGCGCAUGUGUGACGUCGACUGUGGGAGCCGGACGGUGGGCAUGGUAAAGAAGGUGCUGGCGUGGAGAGGCAGAGACGUCGACGUGUCGACCAGGUUGUGGGACGAGCUCCAGGCGCGAAACGAGGACCUGGCCGCCAAGUUGAGAGACGGAAACGUGGCUGACAUUCCGACCGCCGUGGGCAAGGUCAGGGAGUUGAUUCGUGAGAUGGGCAAGCUGAGCGACGUGCCCAUUGAGCCCGAAUCCCAGACGGAGUUGUUGGACGUGUUGAGUGCUCUUGAGGGUGUGUACGGUGGUGUCGUCCCUGGGGCGGGGGGCUUUGACGCUCUCGCUCUGCUGAUGAAGGAUGAUGAGGAGACCAAGAGGCGUGUGGAGGAGAGGGUUGCCGAAUGGAGUCGGGAGAAGGGCUCCAAGGUUCGCUUGUUGGAUGUAAAGGGUGAGAUGGAGGGAGUGAGAUGUGAGAAUCUAGACGUUUACUCUGGAUGGAUAGAGAUCCAUGAUAAGGAUUAG